AUGUCGAAUGCCAAAAGCACACCGGCAUCAUCACCAACGGAUGCGAGUCCUAAGCAGCCGAAGUCAGACGCCAACGAGGAACCGAUGGUCAAGAGCGAGAAUAAGAUGGGAGUGGAUGAGGAGGACGAUGAAGCCAUGGACCAUAAGUCUCGUGCGCUCACCAACCUUCUGAAGACAAGCUCUGUGUUUGUUGCGAUCAUGGCAGACAAGAUGAAGCAACAGCAGGAGCAAAAUCAAGAGCAGGCGAGAAAGGCGGCUGCGAAGCAAAAGAAUGAUGCAGCCAAAUCUUCAGAGACAAAAAGCGCAACGAGACGAUCAUCAAGGGCGCAUGCUGCUGGAGAGUUCGACAACGGGAAGAACUUGCCGGAGCAGGAGAAGCGAACCACACGAGGUCGCGGACGCCCAUCCAAAAAGAAUAAUGCCGCCAAGAAGAACAUUGUUGACUAUUUCGACUCGGAGGCCGUGAAGGCCGCCAAAGACGGGCCCACAGUCCAGGAGGCGCUUGCAGAAGCUGCAGACGAGUAUGAAGGAGAAGGACUCGGCGCUCAGGAUCUUGUCGCCACCGAGCAACCCUCUCUAGUUACGGGCGGCCAGAUGAAGAGAUAUCAGCUAGAAGGAUUGGAGUGGCUGAAGUCGCUCUGGAUGAAUGGCCUUAGUGGUAUUCUGGCGGAUGAAAUGGGCCUUGGGAAGACGCUGCAGGCCAUCUCAAUGAUCGCGUUCUUCAAGGAGAACAACAUAUCCGGUCCUUUCCUGAUUGCGGCUCCGUUAAGCACCGUGCGGAACUGGGUCGAAGAAUUCAAGCACUGGACUCCCACCGUCAAUACUCUUCUCUACCAUGGCAGCAGGGACGACCGUGAUGCAAUGAGGCGAAAGAGGAUGAAACUACAGGAUCAGACCAAGUGGGACUUCCCCGUUGUCGUCACGAGCUAUGAAAUCUGCAUGAACGACAAGAAGUUCUUGGCCAACUACCAGUGGAGAUACAUAGUCGUGGAUGAGGGGCAUCGCCUGAAGAAUAUGAACUGCAAGCUGGUCAAGGAGCUGAUGACAUACAAUUCCGCAAACCGAUUGCUGAUCACCGGCACGCCACUUCAAAAUAACAUCGCGGAACUCUGGUCACUGCUGCAUUUCUUGUUACCGGAGGUUUUCAACGACCUCGACAGCUUCGAAAAGUGGUUCGACUUCUCCAGCGUUUUAGAGGACAAGGAAGAGGCUGAUGGCAAGUCCCUGAAGCACAAGAACAACCUGGUCUCCACCAUGCACGCCAUCCUCAAGCCGUUCCUGCUUCGGCGCGUCAAGACCGAUGUUGAGUCGUCCCUUCCAAAAAAGCGAGAAUACAUUCUGUACGCUCCAUUGACUUCAGAGCAGAAGGAACUGUACCGGGAAAUUCUUGCCGGUACCAGUAGGUCAUACCUCGAAGACAAAGCAGUUGAGCGGAUCGAGGCAAAGAGCCGAACUGCUUCCCUCAAGCGCAAGGCCAAUUGUAGCGGUCGCUCCACGCCAGCAAAGAGCAUCAAGCCCAGUCGCGACUCGACGCCUGCAUCUGUCGCGUCAAAUGGUUCUAUUCGGCGAGGUCGAAAAGCAGCACGCACCAGCUAUCGCGAUGUGACCGACAGUGAGUUCAACGCUCGUCUUCGCCGAAUAGAAAAAGGUGAAGAAGGGCUCAGCCUCGAUCGUGCAUCGCCCGGCCCCGACUCGCGAGAAAUAUCGUCUGACGAAGCAGGAGAGCUCGAGCGUGUUCAGACCCUCAAACUCGCGAAGAAGGAGAUGUCGUCCAAGAAGCUGCAAAACCCUGUCUUGCAACUUCGACUCGCAUGCAACAGCCCGCACAACUUCUACUGGCCCUGGAAACCGACCACACUUGCCGAAGAGGAAUCCGGUGACUUUCCACAAGUCGACGAAAGCCUGGUCCAAGCCUCUGGCAAGAUCCUCCUGCUUGACACACUUCUGCCCCGACUUUUCAAGCUUGGUCACAAGGUCCUCAUUUUCAGCCAAUUCAAAACCACGCUCGACAUUCUGGAAACCUACGCAGCUGACCUGCGUGGCUGGAAAGCCUGUCGAAUUGACGGCUCUGUGGCGCAGGAAGAUCGCUAUGCCCAGAUCACCAGCUUCAACACGGACAAGUCCUACAACCUGUUCCUCCUGUCUACUCGGGCUGGUGGCCAGGGAAUCAAUCUCACUGCAGCUGACACUGUUGUUCUGUUCGACUCGGACUGGAAUCCGCAACAAGAUUUACAAGCUAUGGACCGCGCACAUCGUAUUGGGCAGACGAAGCCUGUGAUCGUAUAUAGGCUAGCUACACGCGGAACGGUGGAGGAGACAUUGCUCUUCAAGGCUGACUCGAAGCGUAAGCUCGAGAAGUUGGUCAUUCAGAAGGGCAAGUUCAGGUCCCUUCUUUCGUCGGGUGUUGAAGUGGAUGAUAUCAAGGGCGUACUAGUGGAUGAUGAGUUUGAGAAGUAUGACGUCGCGCACUUCGAAGACGAAGACAAGGGAGCCACGCCAACAGGCAGGAAGAGACGAAUAUUAGGCGAAGAUGAACUGAAGAUCUUGACGGAUCGGACAGAUAAGGCCUAUGAACGAGCUGAAAAGGGCCUGGAUAUCGGCGGCGAAGGACAGGCCUUCAAGGUUGCAGAGACUCAAAGAGGUCAAGGGACGACAGGCGAUGUCCUUGAUGACUUGACGGUCAGGAGAAAGGCGUAG